AAUUGUGUUUUGAAGGUCAGGAGGUUUUGGUGAUCUCGGUUAUUUGCAGAUCUGUAGAGACCUUGUCUUUUAUACUAAAAAGGACUGGGAAGUGAAAGGUAGCUUCAAUACUAAUCCAUGUAAAUUGUCCCCAAACUUCCAUGUUACAUGUUUAACACUUUCAAAUCAAUGAAUAAAAUAUCAUGCUGUUAUGUGAUUCUUUCCAUAGACGGCAUUUGACAACCCUGACAAUGUUUGCGAUCUCGAACAAUCGUUUCAACUUGUUGUUCGCGAAUUUUAUUUUCUGAAAUGUCGGUCACUAGUGACAGCUGCAGUUGAUCCCAAUCUCCCACAUUUGGGAAAAUUUUGGGGUAUUUUGUGGGAACUCCCAAUGUCAAAUAACAUUCAUCAAUGUUUGGGGAAAUUUCGAAAUUUUAGUGCCAUCUCCUAAAAGUUUACUAUAGUGGUUUUUUCAAAGGGGGUCAAAAUUUCCCCAAAAUUGGGAGCUCGGGAUGCGCUAUUCCCCAACUCACAUUGAGUCCAUUCCUAUUUUCUGAGAAACAUAAUAAUGUUAGUUAAAUUGUUAUCAUACAAAAGUUUAGAUAUUUCGACGAUCAGCGCAGUGUAGGAAUGAAUCUAACCAUACUGGAAGUUAUAAAAUUCCAUGUUCAUUUUAAAUUAGAGUGAAUCUGAUUAAGAUGUUAUAGAUUGUUAUUAAUUUUAACCUCUCGGUGAGUCAUUUUUACGCUUUGGCUUUGAUCACUCGAAAAGUGCUACUCUAUGACUGAAGAUAAAAUUACCCACGAAGAUACAUGUGAAGUUUUUGUAACAGUAGCCUGUAAGGUAUUAAAUUCACGAUUUGCAAAGAUCACUUACCUGAAGUAUAGCUAUUUCGUUUAUGACCAUAAAGAUCAUUUCUGACGUCUAUUCGCACUAGAAAACGCUUGCUGCUAUUCGUUCCUGAUCAUCACUUAUUCUCUAAAGUUUGCAUAUAAUUCCUGUAGUCAAUAUAGAAUACUGUCUUAUAAGUUAUUCGUAGGCAUAAAAUCGUUUGAUUCCCCGAUAUUCAAAGAUCACUCAUGUGGGACAAAAAUAGAAGACCUAGAUUUAUCCCUCGAAGUAUUCGGACUUUUACUGGUUUUAAUGAAAAUAGAAUACCAUUCACCCUUAAAGGACCUGAAUGGCAACACUCGGUCCCUGGUAAUUUUGGUUUUAGCCUUAGGGUAUGUUAUUUCUUAUAAAAUCCGGAGUGUGUCAUUUGGUACAAAAUGGCAAGAUAAACCAUUGCGAGAAGGGAUGUGAAUCUUUGACUUAGAAAGCACAGGAUGAUUGCUGUGAAUAAUGAAGUAUUUUUACGACAGUUACCAACUAAAAAAUAGAAAAUAAGCACGUAUGAAUUAAAACUUAAAAUUUAAAUAGCGGAAUUUCAAAUGUACUGCACAGAUUCUGACGGCUGUCGUGAGGCAAGUUGUUUUUCCGACUACACUUUCAGGCUGUCCAGAUUUUUCAUGUCUGCUGAUUGUACAUAACUUCAAGUAGCGAUAACUCGGCUCGUCUUCUGUAUGGUAGUCACCAUGUGUGAUAAUAUUGGUGGUUCGUAAUCUAUCAUUAUAUCACUCAUUAACUCCUUUCUUGACGUCAAGAUGAAGUUGACGUCUAUUUACCGUCUCACUGCCUACAUCCAUUAGAAAUGAUAUUUAGUCCACUUGGUAUUUGCUCAUUUCUCAGUGAACAUUCUGGUAUUGUAAAGAAAAAAUAACAUGACGUGAACAUUACUAGUAAAAUAUCAGAUUUAGAGUUAUUAGGUCUGCGUUAAGUGUCGUUCGUUUUGUUCAAAACUCAGUAAGCUCGGAUUUUCUAUCACAUAUAUGUACAUAAUAACGACGUUUUGUGUACCUCUUUGUAGAUAACCAGCGCUCAACAGAUUUUGAGUUUGAGUUAAUUAGCAUAAAGAAAAUGAAUUUUAAAUACCACAUUGUUACAAGAUUGCCUAUUAUGUUAAGUAGUCGAUUAAUCACUCUACCUAAAUAUGAAAUAAAAAUGUAUUCUGGAUAUUCAUUCUUUUCCACUCAAUCAUCGUUUGGCCAGAAUAAUGUUGUAGACGACGUACAACUUCGAUCUACAAAUCAAGUAUCUACCACAGAAACAGAUGAUGUUCGCAGAGCUCGUUUAUUAUAUCAAAGUAGAAAGCGUGGAAAUUUGGAAAAUGGAAUUCUGUUAAGUACAUUUGCUGCUAAAUACCUGAAUUCAAUGACUCAUGAACAACUUAUUGCAUAUGAUAGUUUAAUCAAUCUACCAGACAAUGAAUGGGACAUUUACUAUUGGAUUACAAGUAAGUUGUGUUUUUCUUGAAGCAAAUUUUUGUGGUUAACAUUUUUCUCGUAAUCAAGGUUUCUUUUUCACUUGUUGGUAUUCCUAAUCUCAUGCUCAGCCUUCUUUUUUUACUCGUGCUUAAAAUUGACAGUAACACUAGAAGGGAUCCAAGCAGAAUUUUAUGUAAAACGAGACCAAAAUUAGUCUUUAUUUUACUUGAUUUAGUUAUUACCAUUUUUCAUAGCAUUUAAGCAACAAAAUAUAUCCAAAGCGUUAAUGAGACUUAUGCUCUCUCUUCUCAAAAUCUAAUCUACCUCUUUUAGAAGGUAAGUCAGAAAUGUGACUGACAGGGUGAGCUGUAGCGUUUAUUACCUGAUUAGUAAAUUCCAGCAGACAAUGACAGUGUUUGUUUAUUUCAUUGAUCGUUAUAUUUAAUGGUCAAUUCAGUUGUAUUAGAAAUAAUCUGUUAGACAUCAACCAUAACUUCAAUGGUGCUUGGAAUUAAUCAAAAAGGUGUUGGUUGAGGACAAAAGUUACGAUUUUGCGCUAUUGUAUUUUCAUUGAAAAAGACUUUAUCGGUCGAUUGUGCACACUGUUUGUAGUCACUGACGAGAACAACAGACUGUUAUCCUUAAUUCUCACUCACUAUGUCAGUGAUAUUGACGUAAGUUGACUAACACCUCUUGUGAGAAUUAAUUUUCAGAAAUAUUUUCUACUGGGAAAUAUUUAGAAUCACAAACAUUUAUUCAUACUUUGUCAGACUUCGGCAUUAUUGUUAAAUAUCCUCAACUUUAUUUCCAAGCACUGGUUAUAUCGUCAUUCAAAGUUAUACCUGAUGUAUUUAGAAUGGGUGGAACGUGGUCAGGAGUGAAAUCCAAGAUCCGCGUUUCAUUCCAUUUAGUUCUCGUCAGCUGGACGUGCUUGUAUCCGAAUAUUCAUGUUCACAUUGGGACUCGAACCCAGAACCUUUCACUUUAAGCACCAACACUUUAUCCACUGGGCUGCUCAGCCCAGAAAUCGACUAAUUUGUUCAACACGUACGAUGUUCAUAUCAUUAUUAGCAAGGGUUUCGAAUUACAGCGUUGUUGAUAUUCAAGACUGCAUAUAAUAAUGAUAUACAUCUUAUUUAAUUAAAAUCCUCUUUUCUACAGCUGAUUUCGAUAUUUACGAGAUAUCCCUAAUUUUCUCUUUUUUUCAUCCAUACAUUGGAUGUAAAGAACUUUUUGAUUUUUAUCUGUAAUGUGUAUUAGUGAUUGGAUUAAAGUUAUAUAAUAUUUCAAAACUGUUACAUUUCUUUUCUAAAUUAUCACCUGCUCUAUUUUCUUUACAUGUAUCGUUUAAAAGAGGCAAAAGAAGCCCCAAAAUAUUUUCAAACAGAUGUAUUACAACUUCUUCAAGAACAUUGUCAAAACAAUAAGAACGAACUACGAAAUGAACAGCCUAGUUUAUAUUAAUUAUGCUUUAUACAAAAAACCAGUUGAAUAGUUUUAUUUUUCGCUAGAAAUUUUCAUCUCCUUUUUUUUCUCUCUCACACUUUCUCAGUUCAGUAAGAAUGUUUUGAUCAUCUAAAAAUUUAUUCAGUCCAAAUUGGAUCUAGUUCUUUUUGUUUCACGGAUAUUUGUAUAAAAUGAAUCAUUUUCAACUUCAUUUUCUUUUCUUAUGUAUAUAAAUAUUGUUGAAUCCAUCUGCUUUGCAAAAUCAAUUUUAUAAUAUUUCCCUAUAGGUUAAUGAUUAAUAAUAAAAUUUCUUUAAACACCGAAAAUGUUUUUCCUUGAAAUCUAUUUAUUAAGGCGAAAGGUGAUUAAAGAAGUUUUUAUAACUUAUGGCCUCAGUGCCCUGUUAAUGUAUAACGUAACGAUACCGCCAAUCAGAGAGCAGAGAAUUACCGAUUGGACCAAUGACGCGUAAUACACGUGCGAGCAGUCUAGAGUCCUGAUUGGUCUUGCUUCCCGCCUAGCGCAGCCUGUUAAGUCCAGAACUCCAAUCUCAGCCUCUGCAGUAUGAAUCAUUUAUUUCAAGCAUACUGGGUUUAUAUACUAAUCAGACAGACCAUACCGUACCAUAAAAUAUGAAAAAAACAUUUGUACAAGAAUUAGCCAAAUGUGGCUGUGAAUGUGGGAGGUAGUGAUUAAUAGACAGGGGAUAAUUCAAGGAUGGUUAAUCGUAUA